UUGUAUUGUGUUUGGAAGCGCGUUGAUGAUCGAGUACCAUAAUUCAUUGCUCGAGUCUGAAAGGAAAGUCAAUGUCUCAUUCAUUCAUUGGUGUUGAAAGCUUUCCAGUUCGGCGCGUCAUUAAGGCACCGACGCGACAUCACGCGACCUCGUGUUUUCAUCUCAAAGUUCCAAUUUGAGAAUGGUGAAUUCUUCUCCCAGCUUCAUAAGUCAACAUCUCCAGCCAUGUCUCAACCAGGUACUCCGAGCGAUACGACCGCACAAGAACAAGUAAUUUCCAGUAUCAGCGCAGCAGCACACGCGUAUCAGAUCGCAAUGCAACAACAAUCCUCUACUCCUCCGUCUGUGCCAAUCGCAAGCAACGACAUAGUGAUGGCGGAUAGCACACCUGUCGAAGUUGCUUCUCCAGCUGUCGUGGCCAGCGCAGCAGCCAAUGCUCCAAGCCCUCUUCCUGGACGGAUGGGAACCCCCUCGAGGACGAAUGGCAACGAUGUGACGUCUCGAGCUACCUCUCAACACCCUGAUCCCGCUGCUACUAUACCCAAGGAAGCUCCUCCACACGGUGCGCCUACGAGACAAUACAUCAACAGCAAGGUGACGGGGCCACUGAUCGACGGGAUGAAGCUUGUCGCAAAGGAGAAGCCCAAAGAUCCUCUCCGAAUGCUGGGUGAAUAUCUCUUGCAGAAAUCUCGCGAGUUGGAAGGAACAUGAGAGAAUUGGCAUUGAUGCGACCUAUAUGGAUGACAAUAAUCGAGGGGUAUGUUCAGAUAGUCACUACUUGAAUGGAGCAUGGGCAGAACUGGCAAUCAUUGAGGGAAGGCGCAUUUGGGAUAGCUUUGCAUUCACAAGCACAUUCGAGCAUGAUAUGGGGCUAUUGAAAUUCUGGCGCAAAGGUUCUGGAUUGUGUUCGAGAUCUGAUUCUUUUAUGCGGUUUUCAUGCUACCAUAAAGUCCACCGAAGCAGAUUAGCAUUCAAUGCAAAUUGUCCACACCCCAACUCC